AUGACACCUUAUUUUCUAAAAUGGGGUGGGUUUUUUCCACCUUACUUUAAAUAUGGUGUAUUUGUUAUUUGUGGCUUCGAAUUAUGCAUAUCAGCAAUUUCGAUGGCUGUUGGACAGAAAUAUUAUGAAUUAUGCUCAAUACUUUUCCCGAUUUCUAUGAGAAUAUUCGAUGACACUGUACAAAAACGAAUUCCUAAUUUCAAAUGGACGGCUGAAGAACGAAGCCAUGAACAAAAAUUAUUCAUAUUAUGGUGUACAUCGACGAUAAAUGUUAUUGUAUCAAUGCUUUUCAUUAUAUCUUUCUUCUUCAAAUUCAGCAGAACCAAUAGUUCAAAUCAAGGCAGUUUGAAGAUAAAAAUAAUGUAUUUAUCUGCGGCGGUCUUUUUAUUAUGCACAUUGUUCAAUGGUUUUGUGCUAUUUUGGUUGUAUUUUACGGCUUCAGAUGAACAUAAAUUAUUUUAUUCUUUGUUUAAUAACGCUGCAAAAGAAGAAAUAUUUUUAACUGAAAUCGAAAAAGGUUUUGAUUGUAUUUCUGAUGAUGAUAAGGAACUUCCGAGCACUUCAAUGGAAUGUGAUAAUUUGGUGAACCGUUCGGUUAUAAAUGAAAAAUAUUUAUCGAUGCUAUCAAUGAUAUGGAUUGUUGGACAUACGAUUGCAUUAAUCUUAUUUGGUUUCGCUAAUAAAAGUACACUUUUAUAA